AUGGGGUGGGGCGACCUGGGGCUGUAUGGAGAACCUUCCAGAGAGACCCCGAACUUGGACCAAAUGGCUGCAGAAGGGAUGUUUUUCCCAAACUUCUAUUCUGCCAACCCUCUGUGCUCACCAUCCAGGGCGGCCCUGCUCUCAGGACGGCUGCCCAUCCGCAGCGGCUUCUACACCACCAAUGCACACGCCAGGAAUGCGUACACGCCCCAGGAGAUCGUGGGCGGCAUCCCGGACUCAGAACACCUCCUGCCUGAACUCCUGAAGGAGGCCGGCUAUGUCAGCAAGAUCGUCGGCAAGUGGCACCUGGGUCACAGGCCCCAGUUCCAUCCGCUGAAGCACGGCUUUGAUGAGUGGUUUGGAUCCCCCAACUGUCAUUUUGGACCUUAUGACGGCAGAGCCCGGCCCAACAUCCCAGUGUACAGGGACUGGGAGAUGGUCGGCAGAUUUUAUGAAGAAUUUCCAAUUAAUCUGAAGACUGGAGAAGCCAACCUCACCCAGAUCUACUUACAGGAGGCGCUGGACUUUAUCAAGACUCAGCAGGCACAGCAACACCCCUUCUUCCUCUACUGGGCCGUUGACGCCACGCACGCACCUGUUUAUGCUUCUAAGCCUUUCUUGGGCACCAGUCAGCGAGGGCGGUACGGAGAUGCCGUUCGGGAGAUUGACGACAGCAUUGGGAAGAUACUCAAACUCCUGCAGGGCCUGGGGAUCGCGGAGAGCACGUUUGUCUUCUUCACAUCUGAUAAUGGUGCUGCCCUCAUCUCUGCUCCCAGUCAAGGUGGCAGUAACGGUCCCUUUCUGUGUGGGAAGCAGACCACAUUUGAAGGUGGGAUGAGAGAGCCUGCGAUUGCAUGGUGGCCGGGACACAUCCCUGCAGGCCAGGUGAGCCACCAGCUGGGCAGCGUCAUGGAUCUCUUCACCACCAGCCUGGCCCUCGCGGGCCUGCAGCUGCCCAGUGACCGGGUGAUUGAUGGCCUUGACCUCCUCCCCGCCAUCCUGCAGGGCCAGCUGAUCGACAGGCCGAUAUUCUAUUACCGUGGCAACACACUGAUGGCGGUCACUCUUGGCCAAUACAAGUCUCACUUCUGGACGUGGACCAACUCCUGGGAGGAGUUCAGCCAGGGAGUCGAUUUCUGCCCUGGGCAGAACGUCUCGGGAGUCACGACUCACACCCAGAAAGAGCACACAAAGCUGCCUCUGAUUUUCCACCUGGGACGAGACCCGGGGGAGAGGUUCCCCCUCAGCUUCACCAGCGCUGAGUACCAAGAUGCCCUUCGCAGGGUCACCCCGGUCAUCCAGCAGCACCAAGAGACCUUGGUCCCUGGACAGCCCCAGCUCAACGUGUGCAACCGGGCAGUCAUGAACUGGGCACCCCCGGGCUGCGAAAAGUUAGGGAAGUGUCUGAAACCCCCCGAGUCUAUCCCUGAGAAGUGCUCCUGGCCCCACUAGCACCUGCUUGGACCCAGGCCAGGCCUGGAAUCUCCAAUUGGCCCUGCAAGUGCCUGAGGGUAGGACAUUCUGGCCUCAGAGCUCCUGUGUUGGAAGAGUCCCAACUGCCUUCUGCCGUGCAGACAGUGCCAGCAGCCAGCAGCAGAACCUGCAAGGCCACACCUGCCCAAGACCUGACCUUGGAGUCCACUCCCCAGUCCUCCUCGCCUGCUGCCCUAGGUCCACGGCCCACAGGUCCCAGGACGCCCUGCCUGUCUUGCCUCCCCAGCCGGCUGUGAAGGUGCAGGUGCUGUAGCUCCGACCACCUCCUGCUGGCCUUGUCCAGGGCCCAGUGCUCCAUCCUGGGCCAUUCCCAGGUCUACUUCAGCCCCAGUGCCGUGCACAGGGGCUCCCCUGUCCCCUCACCCAACACCACCCUUCCCAUGCCUUCCUGGCUCCCUGGGGCACCCCUGCUCUUUCUGCAUCACCCCACUGCAGGGCUGUGAAUGGGGAGGGGAUGGAGCAGGGGAGAGGCAGGAGGCCACCCUGACUGGAUCCAGCACCCACAUGUGCUCUCUGUGCAGGGGGCAUGACUAAUGUCAGCAUCCUCGGUUUCCCACCUUCCUUAGGAUCUAGAGCCCAGGCCCUGGCUUUUCAGGCCUCUGACCCUGGCACACUGUGAGGCCGUGUCUGUGCCGCACCUGCCUCCUGUCCUGUCUCCCCCCUCCCUCCCGCAUCACCCACUGGCCAAACAUGAGGCUGAGCCCCAUAGCCUCACCCUGGAAGUCAGAGGAGCCCCAGCAACAUCCCCCCCCCCCCCCCCAGGGGGCGCAUCUGUGCAGUGAUUGUCAAGCCAAAGCAGAAUUAUUGUAAAAGCAGGGAAAUCAUGAAGAAAAGAGUCUUGGAAUAAAAGAACCUGAAGCAUUUA